AUGAUCUCCUCCGCGAAGCGAAAAGUCCUCGAUGGAUUGAAUAAGAGAUACAUCUACGGUCGCGUGCCUCUAUUGCACACGAUCAUCUUUAUCAUAGAGAUGGCCGUAGCGGCUCGGCUUGCUGCCAAAUUCAACAGCUACUAUGCUGAAAAGCCAGUGCUUACGACGAUGGUUACCAACGCUGUGCUUGGUGGCGUCGCCGAUACUGUUGCGCAGCUGAUUACAGCCUUCAGAACCCGCAGGGCCCAGAUAUCUGGGAACAGCGAAGACUUCCUCUCGAUCGAGUUUCAUGACCUGGACAAGGAGAAGCCUCCAGCUGUCGGGGAAUUGGGCUUUUCCCGUCGUUCACCACCGCCUUUUGACUUUGAACGUCUCACCCGUUUCAUGGCCUAUGGAUUUUUCAUGGCUCCGAUCCAGUUCCAGUGGUUUGGCUUCUUGUCCAGGGCAUUCCCGCUCACCAAAACGAACCCGACUGCUCCGGCUUUCAAGCGCGUUGCGUUUGAUCAGUUCAUCUUUGCGCCGUUUGGUCUGGCGUGUUUCUUCACCUAUAUGACCAUUGCCGAAGGUGGUGGCCGGCGGGCAUUGUCUCAAAAGUUCCGUGAUGUCUACCUGCCUACCUUGAAGGCCAAUUUUGUGCUCUGGCCAGCGGUGCAGAUCCUCAACUUCCGCGUCGUGCCUAUUCAGUUCCAGAUUCCAUUUGUUUCAACCAUUGGUAUCGCGUGGACCGCGUACCUUUCUCUUACCAACUCCUCAGAGGAGUCCUAA